AUGACCGUUUUCAGAACAGACUCAAAGAGCCAGCAGCCGGACCAGCAGCCCCACCAUCUGGGGCAAAAUAAAUUGGACGCGUCCAAAAUGCAUGAUCCCAUUUUGAGUGCAGUCAACGAAGCACAACCUUUUGAGGAGGCAAACCAGGUCCAGUUCACCAGGAAACAAUCAUACUUAUCGCAGGGAAGCGACGAAUUGAGGGACCCGUUUGGCAACAAAAUCAGACAGGCUGACGUGCUGAACCCCUCGCGGAGCCGGAACGAAAGACCGUUAGAUACAAUCAGGGCAUUUGAAUAUGCCAUCACGGGAGACAUGACAUACAGAGACCAGCUUGAAAGCGACCGGCUCGGAUGGGGAUUUCACGAAGAUUUCCCCCAUCACAACCUCAGCACGCUGGCGAGCGGAUCGUUGCAAACCGGAUAUUCACAGCCCGUGGCCUCGUUCAGUGGGGCCAACCAGCAGGUAUACCAGGCCACCAACUAUAGUGCGCUGUCAUUGAAGCCCGAGCCUAAGAAGAAAAAGGGGUUGUUUGGCCCUCGAAACAUAAAGUGA